CAUGACGGCGCUAAUUUCGAAUACAAAAUGAAGCUUUCCAUCGGCUGCUAUUUUAAAUUAAUAGCACACGAGACGCAAAGGCCUUACCGUGAAUGCCUGAAAUGAACUAUGUCACGCAAAUUACCUGGAAAUAGCGUUGUUUGGUCUGUGAUGUGUCUGUGGUAAAAGGAUGAAAAAGCUGACUGAGACAUGGAAGCAAAAAAAGGCAACCAGUUCUCAGAGGUCUGGAAAGGUUGCUGGACCAUCCCAGCAUACAGCCACAACAACAAGCAGUGUUACUUCAUCAGGUUGCCGAUUCCUAGGGAGACUUCCUGUCACAAAAAUUCAGCAGAAGACAUCACUGGGAAAUGUCACGUCAGUACAGCAUUCUGCAGGAGGAAAAGGAAAUCAGGGAACUCCUACAUCUCCAGACUUGAUGUCAGUUCCAGAGAUGAAUAUGUCGCUAGGAUCAUCCUUCGGAGACAUGGACGUGGAUAUGAUGUCAGCUAUUGAUAGGAUGGAGCAGGACCAUGUGGCUAAAGCCAGUCAGCUGUUCAGAAAUGUCCUCAGGUCACCUGUGUCUGCUUGCUCACCGGGCGUGAGGCAGAGCCCACGGUUACGCGCUCAGAGAGCAAACCGUGCCUCCAAAGAGAACAGAUUUCCAGGAGUCAAUGUCUGUCAUCAGUCCAAGAGAGCCACACCUAGACGAAGAUCUAAAGACACAGCUAAGACAGCUGCUCCUGUUACCCCGGUGUUAGCAGUGCCUGUUGAGAGCCCUCAGUAUAAGUCUACACCACAGCAGCCUUCUCCUGCCUGCGGGUCUCAGCAUCAGGACGCAGAAUCUGAGCAGCAACUGGUCAGGACCCUCUUCAGACUUGACACGUCCUCACAGGCCCACUCCCCAGAUGCAGACAAGGCUGGCAGUCCAAAGCUCCUGUGUUCUGACUCUGUCAGUACUGAGGCCUCUGUCGUAGACACGAUUAACCUGGAAACAAACGUGCAGGAAGAUCACAACAAAGCCAAAGAUCAGACGAGUAGAGAAAAGUCUACAGACAAAACUGCUGAUGGAGAACUUGCCACAGUCCAAACUAUUGUGAUAUCUACCACAGGUGAUUCUCCUUCCCCAGCCAGCAAUAUCCAGGUCACCCCUGGUGAAGACAGCCUGAGCCUCUCCUCCUGGGGCCUCCCUGAGGUUGUCCUACAGAGGUACACGGAGGCUGGUAUCACUCGCAUGUUUGAUUGGCAGGCCAAAUGCCUUAUGACAGGAAAUGUUCUGACUGGUGGUAACUUGGUUUAUUCUGCUCCUACGAGUGCUGGUAAAACAAUUGUGGCGGAGCUGCUGAUUUUGAAGAGAGUUUUGGAGACAAAGAAGAAAGCUAUUGUUAUUCUACCAUUUGUUUCUGUGUCCAGAGAGAAAAUGUUCUAUCUUCAGUAUCUGUUCCAAGACGCAGGAAUCAAAGUCGGUGGGUUUAUGGGAAGUCAUAGCCCUACUGGUGGCCUUCAUGGUGUUGAUAUAGCUGUCUGUACUAUAGAGAAAGCCAACAGUCUGGUGAACAGACUUCUCCAGGAAAAUGCUCUUGAUAUUCUAGGAAUUGUGGUUGUGGAUGAAUUACACAUGAUCGGAGAUUCUCAUAGAGGCUACCUUCUGGAACUGCUGCUCACCAAAAUCAACUUUGUCUCCAAGAAAUUUACUGACAGCGGGACCAAACCACAGACUUCCAACAGCUCUGCCAAUGACCCUCAGAAAAAUGCUGUUCAGAUUAUAGGGAUGAGUGCCACACUGCCUAACCUAGACAUGCUGGCAAACUGGCUGAAGGCAGACCUUUACAAGACUGAUUUUAGGCCCGUCCCACUUACAGAAUGUGUGAAGAUAGGCUCCACGCUAUACGACUCACAACUGAAGAAGCUACAUGACAUCAACCCUACCCUCAAGUUUAGGGGUGAUGAUGAAAACAUUAUACCCCUGUGUUUAGAAACAGUCCUGGAUAAAUGCUCUGUUCUGAUUUUCUGUCCAUCCAAAAACUGGUGUGAGAAAUUGGCCGAAUCUAUUGCUCGGGAGUUCUAUGAGCUUUUGAGAAAUCCACAGCUUUUACAACAACAAGGAACAGGUUUUGUGAAGGCCUCUUCCCUAGUUCAGCUCCCCAUAGACAGACAAGCUGUACAGGAUGUAGUGGAACAACUCAGAAGGACCCCUAUAGGGCUGGACCCUGUCCUAGGACGGCUUGUGGCUCAUGGAGUCGGAUAUCAUCAUGCGGGUUUAACCUUUGAUGAGAGGGAUAUUGUAGAAGGUGGAUUCCGCCAGGGGGUACUGAAGGUGUUAGUGGCCACCUCCACGCUAUCCUCAGGAGUCAAUCUGCCCGCUAGGAGGGUCAUUAUCCGCACACCCACAUUCCAUGGGGGCAUCAUUGAUACUCUGAGCUAUAAACAGAUGGUGGGAAGAGCCGGCAGGAAAGGGGUUGAUAUUGCAGGUGAGAGCAUUCUGGUGUGUAAACAGAGCGAGAGAAACAAGGCUGUAACCCUGGUCAAAUCCGAACUGCCCCCUGUCAGGAGUUGUCUAAUCAAACACCAAGGGGAACAACUCAGCUCUAGCAUGAAGAGAGCUAUUCUGGAGAUCGUGGUCAGUGGGGUGGCCAGCAACCCUGAGGAGGUGAGCGCCUACGCGUCCUGUACUAUGUUAGCUGCCUCACUCCAGGUGGAAGCUCAGCAGAACUCGGGCAAUGUCAUUGAGGCCUGUCUCAAGUUUCUCCAGGAUAAUGAGUUUGUGCAGCUUAAGAAUGUCACUAAUAACGAUGGCAGCACUGUGGAGAAGUUUUACCCAACCCAGCUUGGCUCAGCAGUGCUGGCCUCAGCCCUGUCCCCUGAUGAGGGACUGGUAGUUUUUGCUGAGUUACAGAGAGCCAGACAAUGCUUCGUGCUGGAGAAUGAACUCCACAUCGUUUACCAGGUGACCCCAGUGUAUGCCUAUGACCUGGGGGCGGGCAUUGACUGGUACAACUUCCUCUGUAUGUGGGAGAAGCUGACCCCAGGGAUGAAGCGUGUGGCAGAGCUGGUAGGGGUGCAGGAGUCUUAUCUGGCCAGGGCAAUCCGAGGAAACGUGCAGGCGCGGACGGCCCGUCAGGCGCAGCAGGCAGCUGUACAUCGCAGGUUCUACACCUGUCUGGUCCUGCAUGACCUCGUGCAUGAGAUGCCGCUCAGUGACGUCUGCAAGAAGUACAACUGCAAUCGUGGACAGCUGCAAUCCCUGCAGCAGUCAGCUGCCACUUUCGCAGGCAUGGUGACAGUGUUCUGUCGUCGCCUGGGCUGGCUGAACCUGGAGUUGAUCCUGGGACAGUUUCAGAGCCGUCUCACGUUUGGAAUCCAGAGGGAAUUGUGCGACCUUGUCCGUGUGUCCGUCCUGAAUGGACAGCGAGCCCGGGUCAUGUUCAAUGGUGGUUACCAAACAGUGGCUGCUCUGGCAAAUGCUGAUCCUGCUGACUUGGAACACUUGCUCAGGAAUGCUUCUCCGUUUCAAAGUAAGAAGCGUCAGGACGGAGAGAGUGAGUGGGAAGUUCAGCAGAGGCAGAAAGCUCGCUGUAUCUGGCUGACAGGGAAGAAAGGUGUGACAGAGUAUGAGGCCGCUCUGGCAAUCAUUGCUGAGGCUAAGGCAUUAAUGGAAGAGGACCUUGGGGGUGUGGGGGUACAGUGGAGUACUGCCCAGUCAGAAACACCUAGAAACAGUCGUAAAAGCCCCAAGCAUUCCAACACCCUAUAUACCAGCCCAAAGUCUACCCAAAGUGAAAGUGUUGUUGUUGUUACACCCCCCGGCAGCAGGAAACUUCAGACUGAACUUGUAAGGAAGCCUAAGGUGAUGGGUAAUACUAGAGAGAAGCAAAUGAACAAACCUGAUGAAUAUUCAAAUGUUUUGUCAAAAACUGCUCCGUUCUCUAAAAGUGCAGAUGGUGGUGUAACACCCACAGAUAGCAAAAUAUCCCAUGGUGCUACAGUGAAGGAUACAGGAGUAUCCGAUAGUAAGGGUGGUAUCAGCAAGGAGAGCUUAACAGAUGAAGUAGUAGAAAGUGUAACGCAAGACAAGAAGGUUACAGAAACAAAGCCAAGUGCAAAACAGGAAAAGAACAUUGGUAUGAUUGAAGAUGCCAGCUCAGAGGGAUUGUUACAGCGAGCUGUCCAUUCAGGUAGACAAAGCAUUCCAACAGCAACAAGUAACAGCUCCUCAGUCAUGACAUCUGGCAGAUCAGAAGGUGCACGGAAGCCGUCUCCACAAAGUGCAGUGAAUCCGAAUAAUUCCAAAAGAAACUGUGAUAAUGUCGUAUCUCUGAUCGUAGCUGAUGUUCACAUCAGUCAUUCUGGACGACAGCAGGCCAGGAAUUUGCCAGACACUUUUGCUGGCGGUCAUAGUUCAGAAAGUUGUGAAAGGACUUGUAAGAAAACCGUAGGUAAGAAACAUGACGAUGUGGUUCACCAGGAUUUUGAGGCAGUAUCUGUAAAUACAUACUCCGACAGUAGUGUUUUUUGCUCAGGUGUGUCAAAUGAUAAGUCAAGACUGUCCAACACCGACCAUGCUGACUCAAGCACAGGGAGACUCAGACCUAAUUUCACAAAGCUACUAGACAAAUCAUGUGUUGGUUCAGUCACUAAAAGCAAUGUCCAUGUAAAACAUUCAGGUAAAAAUACUGUUUCUACUGAUGAGAAAAAAAAUGGAGAAAUACAUAUUAGUAAACAGUCUGGUAGAAGUAAAACAGUAGUUUCAGAGCCCAGAGAAACACCCAUACAUAAACAUUCUGGUAAAGAUAGAAUCUGUGAAGUUACAGGGCCUACAGAAGUACAGGGCAGUAAACAUUCUGGUAAAGAUAGAAUCUGUGAAGUUAUAGGGCCUACAGAAGUACAGGGCAGUAAACAUUAUGGUAAAGAUAGAAUCUGUGAAGUUACAGGGCCUACAGAAGUACAGGACAGUAAACCUUCUGGUAAAGAUAGAAUCUGUGAAGUUACAGGGCCUACAGAAGUACAGGGCAGUAAACAUUCUGGUAAAGAUAGAAUCUGUGAAGUUACAGGGCCUACAGAAGUACAGGGCAGUGAACAUUAUGGUAAAGAUAGAAUCUGUGAAGUUACAGGGCCUACAGAAGUACAGGGCAGUAAACAUUAUGGUAAAGAUAGAAUCUGUGAAGUUACAGGGCCUACAGAAGUACAGGGCAGUAAACAUUCUAGCUGUAAUCAAAGCUCUGAAGUUACAAUUCCCAAAGAAAUGCAUUCUAGUAAAUAUUCAGGUAGAGAUAGAAUUUCAGAAGCUUCAGCGCCCAUAGAAAUCCUUGCCAGUAAACAUUCUGGCAAAAACCAAAUCUUUGAAGCUAUGGAACUGAAGGAAAACCUUGUUAGUAAGCAUUCCAGAACUAAUAGCUUGUGUGGAAUUUCAGAAGGCAGUCUGAAACGUAGUGAAUCCAAAUCAUUAGGUAAUGGAGGGUCUGAUUUAGUUUCUGAACCAAUACAGAACAGAUAUUUAGAUACAUGUGAGUCUAAAUCAGGAAAGACAAAACUAAAAAGUCCAAAACUUGUUUGCACGGAUUCCCCUGAUCUUUACACACUUCCUGAUGAUUUUGGGGACAGUUUUGUGAUGGACACCCAGACAGUCCAGCUGAUCAAUCAAGAUUUGUCCAAUUCAGAUACUGAUAAUGUUGUUGCUCAAUCAAGGACUAAUGAUAACAGUCAGGAAAAUGAGGCUGAUGUUAAUCUAGACACUGCUGUCUAUGAUGAUGUUGAUGAUGAGGAUCGUGAACCCAAAGGUGUUCAUCAAUCCAAAGCUGUUCAUAAUGAAUCAACAGAUGUUCAUGCUUCAGAUGCAGCAGUUUGUGGUGAGAGGUUUAAUGUAAUUCGUAAUUUUCCACAAUCUAUUCAAUGUCAAAAAUAUUCUGGACAUAAAUCUCUUCAUGCAAAUAUUAGAAAUGUUCAAGAACCAUCUAGUGCAGUGUACUCAGUAGAAAAUUGUCCUAGCACUGGUAUUUGUGAUCAGGUUGCUCUAGUUCAAAAGCAGAGAACAAGUGUUCAUAAAUCAGUAUCUCUGUCAGUAGCAGCCAGUAUUCCUGAUCUGGUUCGUGCACCUCAAGCUGCUGUUGACACCUCACCACAACUGUAUUCUGAGCAGUUAUACUCAGAGCAGUUGUAUUCAGAUGAAAGCUUCGAUUGUGGACAAGAGGAAAACAAUCAAACUGCUGUUCAACACAGUCAGGGUUUAGGAAUGAAAGGUAAUGGUGAACGUGAUGCUAAUGCUGAAGAUUCUGAGCUGAACACUUCCUAUUCACUACAGCCAGCUAGCAACUUUGAGCCUCAUGGUAGCUAUGUUGACAGGACAUUGUUCGCUUCUGAGUCAUACUGCAACUUGAACAUAACUAACACCAACACCCGUACACAAUUGAAGGUUACCAAUAGUCCUGUUCUAAAAAGAGGAGGUGAAGCCAGCCCUUGUCAAACCAGCACCUACCAGAGGAUGCAGGCAGACAUGGAAGGCAUUGAUUUUGAGUCCUCAUUCAGUGCCUUGGCUUCACCAGAUUCUGUUCCACCAAGCACUGUGAAGAACAAGAAUCCUGGGAACACUGAAGCUAGUGUUCGCCGUUUGGCUUCAGGUAGUGCAGACGCUUCUGGUAUGGGCGAUUCAUUGACCAUGUCUAUGUUCGAGAGGGUUUUAGUUGAUGAUAACACAAUUCUAUGUGAUAAAGCAGUGUCUGUUGCUAAUGUGCAGCAAAUGCCACAAAGCAUUAAUAUGAUGGCCACAAAAGCUCACACUGAAGAAAGUAACUCUUGUACCCAGAGGUCUCCUGCUAGACGAAAACGAAGAAGCAAUGAAACAACCCCUACCUCAACAAACACCCCUAACAAAGUCAGCAAAAACACCCCGCAAAACACCAGUAUAUCCCCUCAGAAUGUUAGUGGAGGCAGUGACUGUGUCCCUCCUACACCUCCAGAUGAGAAUGCCAGCAAAGUGGACUCUCCCAGGUUUCAGCUUAGCAAGACUCCUUCAAGAGCAUCCCAAGGAAAGCAAAGGGGCAGCAAGUCAGCCGCACAAGAAAAAUGGAGAGCAUGCCUUUCGACCCCAAAUCCGUCUACAAGAUUGAGGAAGGCAGUGGAUAAUAUUAGUCAGAAGCCAAAACUUCAGAGAAACCGACUGUUUUCUGACGUAACACCAGUUUCUGUGGUAAGUGACUCUGUGCAGUUAUCGUGUGGAGUAAACCUUCAGAAGUCUGGAUUGCCGGUAAAAAGUUGGGAUGAGAAUCCUGGAAAUGUUAAUCGGGGAGCAACUGUUGCUACCAGUAAAACACAUAGUACUGGCUGUGCUGUGUUAGCCAAGGACCCGUUAUACGGGACAGGUGCCAAGGGUUCAGUUGAUACACCUGGCAAAACGUCUAUUUUUGCUGUAGACAAGGAUGAUGUGUUUGCAGCUGAGGAUGAUGCUUCAGCUGCAGAAGCAGCUGUGGAUGAGGAUGAGGAUGAAACUGUGUGGUCAUUGAGGAUGACCUGCAGCCAGUCAUCGGCCAUCCCCAGCACACAGGGCACCUUCACCAUCAUAGAUGUGUGCGCAGACCAGAACCUGUUCAGCACCUUCCUGACAGAGUGGAGAAGUAAGGGCAGAUUCUCCCUGUGCAUAGCAUGUGAACAGAAACCCCCACCCCCACUGACACCAGGGGUAGGGAUUGGGGGCAGGUUCCUCAGAGUUCAACCAGGUGCAGUUGCAGCCCCUCCCAGAGUUUCAGGUCUGGACGUAGGAGAGAGUGAGCUAGUGAUUGUGGGGCUGGCAGUGUGCUGGGAGAACAGAGACUCCUACUACAUUAGCUUGUGUGAUAGUCAGGAGGAAGGUGAGUGUGUUUUAGUGCCUGGUGAGCAAGUGAUUGUGAAGCUGGCAGUGUGCUGGGAGAACAGAGACUCCUACUACAUUAGCUUGUGUGAUAGUCAGGAGGACGUGUGCUGGGAGAACAGAGACUCCUACUACAUUAGCUUGUGUGAUAGUCAGGAGGAAGGUGAUGCUGAUGACAGCCUGGCUCCUCCCCCGAUGGACAGCAGAAUAACUGUAACUGACAGACUGACUGGAAUCCGGUCUGUCCUUGACCUCUGUCAGGGGAAGCAACUCUCACACCCUUGUGUGGUGACCUUUGACAUCAAGAAUCAGUACAAGGUUUUGGCCCAAGGUUGUGGGGUCACACUGAAGGGAGAAUUUCAGGACCCCAAAGUGGCAUGCUGGUUACUGGACCCAGGGGCUAAAGAGAAACCCCUACACAGACUGGUGAACAAUCUCCUGCCCUCUGAGGUCCACUUACUGGAAGGCCUUGGUGGUGGAUUCAGGGCAGGUAGCCUGGGACUGACCCCGUGUAACCCUGGCAGUGGGCGUUGCCGUGCCACGGUGGAGUCUGUUCUCAAUCUACACCUGAUGGACCAGCUACUAGAGGGGCUGAGGGCUCAGAAGCUGUACAAAUCUUUCCAGACCGUGGAGAUGCCUUCUGUGAUCACCCUUGCUAGGAUGGAGCUCAAUGGAAUGGGUUUCAGUGAGGAGGAGUGUGACAGCCAGAUGAGUGUGAUGCAAGCUAAGUUGUCAGCCAUAGAACAGGAGGCGUAUCGGUUAGCUGGCCACCCCUUCUCUCUUACCUCUACAGACGACAUUGUACAGGUGCUGUACUUUGAUCUGAGGUUGCCACCCAAUGGGGACCCAAGCUCUGUUACAUCCACGAAAACCCUGGGUCCUAACCGGAGACGAGGCAUGGGUGUCCGGAAGGGUGGGCGGGGGAAAGGCCAACUUAGUACUGCCAAAGAUGCCCUGGAGAAACUGAAGGCUUUCCACCCUCUGCCCGGACUAUUGCUGGAAUGGCGGAGAAUUUCCAGCGCUGUUACAAAGGUUGUGUUUCCCCUACAGAAGGAGAAGGUUUACUGCAGCCGUGUGGACAUGUACAGGAUAUUUGGGGAAAGCAGUUUUCACACAGCCACAGGCAGGGUGACCAUGUCUGAACCCAACCUACAGAACAUCCCCAAAGACUUUGAGAUACAACUGCCAGGUGUUAUAGGUGAGAGUCCACCCUCAGGGCCUGUUGCUGUGAGAGUCAUGGGUGUGAGACCCAGGGGAAGGAAGGGCAGUGUCUACCAGAGACAGACCUCCCGGAUGACGGGGCACAAUACAGGCACACCCUUCGCUGUCAGUAUGAGGCAUGCGUUUGUCCCAUUCAAAGGUGGGGUGUUGCUAGCAGCUGAUUACUCACAACUGGAGCUGAGGAUGCUGGCACACCUGUCUGGUGAUGAGAGAUUGACGCGCAUCUUGAAUGCUGACACUGACGUCUUCAAACUUAUUGCAUCUCAGUGGAAAGGAUUGCCUGUGAAAAAGGUGUCAGCCGAGCAGCGUCAACAAGCCAAGCAGGUGUGCUAUGGGAUGCUAUACGGGAUCGGUCCCAAGGCUUUGGCAGAGCAGUUGGCUGUUGAAGAGGAGGAAGCUGCUGUCUUCAUCGAAACCUUCAAAUCUAAAUACACAGGUAUGAGGACAUUUAUCCGAGAGACAAUAAACAAGUGUCGUAAGAACGGCUAUGUGGAGACUCUCCUGCACAGAAAGCGCUACCUCCCAGCUAUCACAGACACCAAUCCUCAUGCCCGGGCUCAUGCUGAGAGGCAGGCUGUGAACACCACUGUACAGGGCUCUGCAGCUGAUCUGGUGAAGACUGCCAUGGUGAGGAUAGAGGAGGCCUUGAUGAGCAAGUUCCCAGACGCUGUCCACACACACAGGCAUAGUUCCUCAGGUAAAUGUGGGCUGUCAGGAAACGUUGGCGUUGCGGAGCUGUGCGGGGCCUACCUGACUCUACAGCUACACGAUGAGCUGAUUUACGAGGCCUCAGAGAAAAACCUCAAACAAAUUGCCUCCCUGGUGAAACAUCACAUGGAGCAGGCCAUUAGACUGUCAGUGAAACUUCCUGUCAAAGUUAAAGUGGGCAAGAGCUGGGGAAAACUGAACGACUAUGAAAUAGCUUGAUUUAUGGGAAUGAGCGCAAAAUCAGAUCAGAUCACCUCCAGUGGAUCUCUCAGGUGAAACAAAAAACCAUCCCAACAAAUAACAGCUUUCUUUACACAAUGGUACAUAUAGGUUCAGUUAGACGUGAUCAGCAUAAGCUAUAAUGAAAAUUGUUACUCUCGUCAAGGGCAUCCUGUUUUGCUUUUAUUCAAGAGCAGUUUUUUUUUUAUCAAAUACUUGCAAGCUCAGCUUGUAAUAUUUCAGUUAUUUGUAUUACAUGUAUUUGGUUUUAAAUACUAUUGUUGUAAAGAGUAUAGCUUCUUAACGAGAGCAUUUGGUAUUUACAACCUAUUUAUUUUGGCAGUAAUUCUAUAAUAGUCCAAUGAAAUUAUUAAGGGCUAAUUUAUAUACAAAGAAUCAAUUUUCACGUGCAAAUACUGUAAACAACAAAUUAUAUGAAAUCGGAUAUGUGUGAGGUGAAAAAUUGUAAAAUUAAUUGUGAAAACAUGAAACACUUUGUGUACAAAAAUAUCCAACCAAUUGUAACAGAAUUGAUGGCGUUUUUCUGUUGAUGUUUUACCAUUGUUUUGCAGUAUUAAGCCCCAACUUCCCCUUCAUCCACUUGUAUUCUAGAAAGCUGGCGUUUUCCAUAGGAUGGCUGGCUGACCGUAAAUUGAUACUUACGCCCCCUCUUUUUCAGGAAGUGUUUCUGCUUUCCCUGC